AUGAAACCCUCCUGCGGGCUUCUCGGUGGUUGUAGAAGUUCAUCAUUUUUUGGGGACCCUCGUGCAAAAUAUCCCCAUAAUGUAGCAUGCAAUUUGUCGAAAUAUCGACUCAAUUUUGAUCGUAACAAUCACUGUUCUUUUCGAAUAUUGGGGUUCCCCCGUAUGAUUAACGAAGCCCGGAAAGUUACAGGCUUGCGCUCUUCGAAUUUUUGUCAGUCGAGGGUAACUUCAAGGUCUUUUUCUUUAAGCGUAAAUAGAAGAGUUUCAUCUCUCGUUACAAGUGCCGCCCCAAGGGUUCGGGAUUGCUCAACGUCCAUCGAGUCCUGUCGCAAUGACAAUAAAUUUGAGACGGUUUAUGUUCAGGGUGGAAAGAAUGUGAGACAACUGGUGAAGGAAAGAAUUGACAAUGAUGAUAAUAGUGUAGGAGAAGGAGAUGGCUGUAAAGACGUGAACACAGAGCAUUCAAAAGGUGGGAAUGAAUCAAAGGAUGUGAAUUUACAGAGUGAAGGCGAGGAAACAGAGGUGGAGAAAGAGGCAUGGAAAUUACUAAGAAAUGCAGUUGUGACUUACUGUGGCAAUCCUGUGGGGACGGUGGCUGCAAAUGAUCCAAGCGACGCUCAGCCCUUGAAUUACGAUCAGGUCUUUCUUCGGGACUUUGUCCCUUCAGCUCUUGCUUUCUUGCUUAAGGGAGAACACGAGAUCGUCAAGAACUUCCUUAUACACAAUUUGCAAUUGCAGAGUUGGGAGAAGACAGUGGACUGCUACAGCCCAGGGCAAGGCUUAAUGCCUGCAAGUUUCAAAGUUAAAACCAUGCCUCUUGAGAAAGAUAGCUACGAAGAAGUUUUAGAUCCUGAUUUUGGGGAAUCAGCUAUCGGGCGUGUUGCCCCCGUGGAUUCAGGGUUGUGGUGGAUAAUCUUGUUGCGGGCUUAUGGGAAGCUCACCGGUGAUUACAGCUUGCAAGAAAGGAUAGAUGUUCAAACUGGCUUAAAAAUGAUCCUCAACUUGUGCUUGACUGAUGGUUUUGAUAUGUUCCCUUCUCUGCUGGUCACUGACGGGUCUUGCAUGAUAGACCGGCGAAUGGGUAUUCAUGGUCACCCACUCGAGAUCCAAGCACUGUUUUAUUCAGCCCUUCGUUGCGCCCGUGAGAUGGUGGAAGUAAGUGAUGGGUCCAGGAAUCUGGUUAGGGCAAUUAGCAACAGACUCAGUGCACUGUCAUUCCACAUUAGAGAAUAUUAUUGGCUGAAUAAGAAAAGGAUGAAUGAGAUAUACAGGUAUAAAACAGAAGAAUAUUCCACAAAUGCCACUAACAAGUUCAACAUCUACCCAGAACAAAUUCCGAUGUGGCUGAUGGAUUGGAUUCCGGAGAAUGGUGGGUAUCUGAUUGGCAACUUGCAGCCUGCCCACAUGGAUUUCAGGUUUUUCAUGCUUGGAAAUAUUUGGUCCAUUGUUUCGGCUUUGGCCACCCCGAAGCAGAAUGAGGCUAUUUUGAAUCUGAUAGAACAGAAAUGGGAUGAUCUUGUGGGGCAUAUGCCUCUUAAGAUUUGUUAUCCUGCGUUGGAGUCGGAAGAUUGGCGCGUAGUUACUGGUUGUGACCCGAAGAACACCCCUUGGUCGUAUCACAACGGUGGAUCUUGGCCAGCACUUCUGUGGCAGUUCACCCUGGCAUGCAUGAAAAUGGGGAGGGUGGACCUAGCAAAGAAAGCAGUGGAUUUGGUAGAGAAGAGGCUGCCAACGGAUAGUUGGCCCGAAUACUACGACACUCGCAGCGGCAAAUUUGUGGGCAAACAAGCUCGCCUCUAUCAAACAUGGACCAUCGCUGCCUUCCUUGCCUCUAAGAUGCUCUUGAAGGACCCAAAGACGGCCUCCUUGUUGUUCUGGGAGGAGGAUUAUGAACUUCUUGAGAUCUGUGUUUGUGCUCUCAACAAGAGCGGCAGGAAAAUAUGCUCCCGUAGUGCUGCCAAGUCCCACAUUCUUAUCUGAUCCUAUACUGUAAAUAUAUAUAAUGCAGGAUUCAUAGGCUUUAUACAAGUUUCUUGUAAAUAUGACCAGCAACGGUUUUCCUUUAUGAUUUUCCCCCUUUAACUUUGGGGCUGAGGGUGAGAUCUCAUCCGAUUCCCCAUUCACCAUCGCCAUCUUUUUCUUGCCCCGUUAAAU